AAGAAAUGAUCCUCAAAGUCCCGAACUCCAAAGCACAGAAAAAAAGAAAAUGGCCGGGGUGAUGAGGCUAAUACUUCUGUUCAUAUCCUUCUAUUCAAUCUUUCAUCCUGCACUAUCGAGAAAAUCUUCAUCAAACAUAACCUGGUGGUGCAGCAAAACGCCACAUCCUGAACCAUGCGUUUACUACAUGAGGCGAAGCCACCAACAUUUUGCGCCGAAACACAAGUCCGAGUUUCGGCAAAUGGUAGUCCAAUUGGCCAUGGAACGAGCCCUCAAUGCGAAAAAGCAUGCCUUGAAAUUCAGGUCAAGUUGCGAGACUGAGCAUCGGAAAGCCGCAUGGUCCGAUUGUCUAAAACUAUAUGAUAAUACAGUUCUUCAACUAAACCGUACCUUACAAGGCAUUGGAGCCAACAAGAGUUGUACUGAUUUCGAUGCACAAACGUGGCUUAGCGCAGCAUUAACCAACAUCCAAACAUGUGGAUCCGGGUCCAUGGAUUUGAAUGUUUCCGAUUUCAUUAAUCCAAUCAUAAUGUCCAAUAAUUUAACCCAGCUAUUAAGCAAUAGUUUGGCCAUCAAUGGAGUAUUCGUAAAGCAAGAAAAUACAUCAUAUACAGGAUGGUUUCCCAGUUGGCUUACGCGGCAAGAAAGGAAAUUAUUGCAGAGUUCAUCAUUAACUUUUAAAGCAAAAGCAAAUCUUGUGGUAGCAAAAGAUGGCUCCGGGAAUUAUAAGACAAUUCAAGCUGCCAUUAACGCUGCUGCAAAGAGGAAAGGGACUGCAAGGUUUAUUAUAUAUGUAAAGAAAGGUGUUUAUAACGAAAAUAUUGAGGUUGGCCUCAAUAACAAUAACAUUAUGUUGAUCGGCGAUGGCAUGAAGUAUACUAUAAUCACCAGCAGCCGCAGUGUUAAAGGAGGUUACACCACGUACAGUUCUGCAACUGCUGGCAUUGAUGGACCUGGGUUCAUUGCUUGGGAAAUUACCUUCCGAAAUGGAGCCGGACCCUCUAAGGGCCAAGCGGUGGCGCUACGUUCAGCCUCCGAUCUCUCAGUCUUCUAUCGUUGUGCCAUCCAGGGAUACCAGGACACCUUAAUGGUCCACUCGCAACGCCAAUUCUACAGAGAAUGCUACAUCUAUGGCACAAUUGACUUCAUUUUCGGCAAUGCAGCAGUGGUCUUCCAGAACUCUUUGAUUUAUGUGAGAAGGCCUCUCAAAGGACAAGCAAAUGUGAUCACCGCACAAGGCCGCAAUGACCCUUAUCAAAACACGGCGAUUACAAUCCAUAAUUCAAAAAUUUUAGCCGCAUCUGAUCUAAAGCCAGUGGUUAAAGCAUUUAAAACCUACUUAGGGAGGCCAUGGCAGCAAUACUCAAGAACGGUUAUUGUUAAAACUUAUCUCGAUAGUCUUGUUAGUCCACUUGGAUGGUCUCCAUGGGCGCUGAACAGUAAGUUUGCUCUUGACACAUUGUAUUAUGGUGAAUAUAAGAAUUCGGGGCCUGGUUCGUCUACUAGAUCAAGGGUGAAGUGGAAAGGUUUUCAUGUUAUGACUAGCUCUGCUACGGCGUCGCGUUUCACUGUUGGAAGUCUUAUUGCUGGCCGCUCAUGGUUGCCGGCUACGGGUGUGCCAUUCACUUCUGGCUUGUGAAUCACGUUCUAUUAUUAUUUAUUAACUUCAUUUGUUAAUAAUUUUUUGCC